UGGAAUUUUAAUAUGAAGUUUUUUGUUAAUCGAUUUCUUCAACGUCUGUUGUGUUUUAGGGGUUCUCCAUUAUUCAGAUCAGUUGCUGGAUUGACGAUUAUGCUCAAUGCGUCAUCAAGACCUUUGAGUUGCUCCAUGUUAUACACAACUUACUAUUAGCCUUUCGGAAGUUUUCAGGGUACAGAAGACAAUGCAGUCGAUAAAAAGAAGUACUCUAUUAACCGGAUUGCCAGUUUCAAAAAAUCCUCAUAUUAUUCUAACAUCACUUUACAAGCGUAUAAUCAAAGUGCUUGCUCUAAUGCCUGAAGAAUCCAGUUAUCGUAGACACACAAACGAAAUAGUACAGUCCAGACUGAACGCUGUACAAAAAAUUUCGGAUAUUCCCACUCUUGAAUCUACCAUUGAUUGUGGUCAAAUUGAAGAAGUUAUCGUACAGGCCCAAAGAGAAUACGAUUUAGCUCGUAAUAUGCUCAAAUGGAAGCCUUGGGAACCGCUCAUUGAAGAAGCUCCUCGCGAUCAGUGGAAAUGGCCACUUUAAAUAACCUUAUUUAAUAUUUUAGUAUACAAAGUACAAUGUAUUGUAGAUAUACAUUUUAU